GGAAGUAUGUUGUAGAUGCAUGAGCGACCCACCGUUCGUCCGCUGGCGCAUUCUUCGAGAGAAAGUUCGAAUCUCAUUUCGGCCCGCGCGUCUACGGGGGCUUCUUUGCGUUUCUCCUCUGCUUGGAUACUACUAACUUAGGCAUUGGAUAUGUGCACAGAAGAUGAUGACAACCCCUUUCCUCCCCGUAGAAGUAAAAUAAAGUAGGCUUUCGCACACAGUGGAUUUUCUCCUGUCGUUCCAUAUGAAGAAGCCAAAAAUUUGGAUACGCGUCUGUGUCCAUUUACUACUGUUCAUCACGCUUGGGGUACAAUCUCGCAGAUUUGACGUCAACCCAGUGACAGAUGACAUCUCGAGACUCUCUGUUUUGAAAGACAAUAUACCUGAAGAUUACAAAAUUCCUGUCACUUUCGUUCCUAAAGAAGAGGGUGGGAUGUGUUGGGUAACGUUAAAUGUCUACUACUUGGAGGCGAGUUUAAAUGAUUUAGCGCACAAGUUCGGGAACAUUUCGUCGAACAGAAAAGAUAUCGACAUUUUCAUAGAGAUGCUUCAAGAACUACGGUUCAACAUUAAGUCGUUGGAGCCACUUAUGUACGAAUUUGAGUGCCACUACAGGAGAGAGGGGUGGCCAACAGCACAAUACUUUGACUUUGUUCAAGAAUUCCUCAUAGCUGCACAGCAUCAAAAAGAGUCGAAUGACUGUGAACCUCCUCCCUGCCCUACAACGCCAUACCCAAGCACGAUAGAAUAUAUUGAAGAUUCUCCAUCAAGCGAUGAAGCCUCCGUGUUUGAUGUUCCAACAGUGAAUAAUCAAAGGCUUUUGCCUGAAGUGGUGGAGCAAGGCCUUCUCUCCUUACUGUUCAUUCCACUCCUAGCACUUGUAUUCCUGCUUGUAUGGAAGGUUAGAUCACGAAGGAAUGCACAGGACCUUCAACAGAAUCCUGGCGAGGCUGGAGUCUUCACGGAAUCAGAAGGGAACGCACCGCCUUUAGACACUGAACUAUCAGAAAAAAACCAGUUGAACGUCAUAGCCACAGUGUAAAACCAAUCCUCCGCUCAUUAAUGUUCAUCAUGAAUGGUGAGAUUAGAGACGCCCAGAAGAACUCAAAGAGAAUCUUGUUCGAGCCCUGAACUAACCUCCACCACUUCAUUUAUGGGAGGGUUUGUACUCCCCUUCAGUCACUAUCCUACCCCCCACGCCAUUCUGAGGUGAAGAUGGAAGACUAACAAGAAUGCAAAAGCGUGAUCUCCAGUGCAAAGACCAGUUUGACGUGGAUCACAGAGGCUUCACCAGUGAAGAUAUUUCUCGUGCACCAUCCCUGCUAUCAGAUGGAUAAGCUCGCCUUUUGUGUACAACAGCUUAAGCUCCGAAUGCUUGUGACCAACAGAGAAAACGGACAUUGGCGAAACCGUCCCAAGCCAGCGCUUGUACUACACUCCCCUGCGGAUUAUCCAUCGUGAAAUGCUGCAUCUUUAUUGUCUGAGGAGGAAAAACUGCUUCCUGGUUCGGGCUUCAAUCCAGUCUGUUUUUUGUUUUGUUUUGUUUUAAUUUGGGGCAACACUGUUUCAUUUUCUCAAAGCAAAGACAAGUAACUGAUGUUGGUUGCGUCUUUAAUGGACUAAGGCAUGACUUACUACCUCUGCUGACCUUAAAACACAUGCUCAACAGCUCUCUAGUGUCCUUCCUAAUCUCUGAGAAUAUCUUGCUAAUCCGCUCCUUGGCGUAGUAACGUUGUCCUGUUUUAGCUAUUGGGGAUGUGUUUGAUGUAUUUAUUUAUUGGUAUGUUGCUACAAUUGAUUCACAUAUCUCUAGUAAUCACCUACUUUACUAAUGGUUCACAUUUAAGGAAAAGAUAUAUAAAAUAUAUUGUAAACAAGUGAAAAAAGAACAUGUGACUCCCCCCUGUGUGUGUCCUUUGGUAUGUGCAGGGGGACUACUCUGUGUGAAUGGAGCGUGUGGAUGACAUAGUGUGUACAAAAUGCUGCUUAACCCAUCUGUCAUAAAACUGCAAUAGAUUUCUGUUGAAAAUCAGGGAUGACUUUCUGUGUCUCCAGGGUCGAUUUUUUUUUUCCACCACAAAAAACAACACGGCUGUCCUGCAAUAGUGGGUAUGAGUAAAACAAUGCCUUUUGAUGUUUUUAUAUUGAUUUCUUUUUUGUUGUUGUUUGUUUGCUUUGUUUUAGUUUGGUUUUUUUAAACAUAGUUUUUUGUUAAGUCAUGCAGAAUCUAUCGAGGUCAAACAGUUGUAAUGAGUUUGUAAAGCAAAUAGGAAGAUAUGUAUGUGUGUGUUCCCGUUGAGAGUGUUGAUGUGUGUGUGUGUGUGUGUGUGUG